AGAAACAAUAACAAUAAUAAUCAAGGAAAACAUAAUUGAAAACAAAAAUAAUUGAAAGAGAAAGGAAUAGAGAUAAAUACCAAUGAUGCUUCAAUUGAAAUUACCCAAAUUGUUAAUCAACAAUACCCAAAUCUAACCUAGGAAUAAAAUUGCUAAAAAGUAUUAAACUAGGGUUCUAGAGAGAGAAAUAAAACUUAGGGAGAUAAUAAUCUGUUUUCUAAUGAUAAUUACAAUGGGUAUUUAUACCCUUAAUGACCUAAAAAUAAGAAAAUAAUAAUCCGGAAUUGCGCGUAACUCUGCCCGGUCUGAUCGGGCUUGCAAUGCCCGAUCGGGCAGAUGGCAGAAAAAUAGGCGCAACAUCUUCCUUGGCAAUCUCCUCGGCGCCCGAUCCAACCGGGCAUAUGGCGCCCGAUCGGGAGCGAGGCACACUUCUUCGCUGGCUGCCUUGCUUCUGAUUUCGUAGCUUUGAACAUCUCAGCCACCACGCGCCCAGUCCAACCGGGCAUGGGUUGCUUGAUCGGGCGCGUGGGAUAAAACCAUAAAUCAGCUUCUUUGCUUCAAUAUUAGCAUCAACCAUGAAGUCUGACUGGGCUUGCAAUGCCCGACCGGGCAUGGUAUAAAAACUGCUCUUGCUUGCUAGUAUUCUAAGACUGGUUCUUGUUUAGCUCGGUUUUACAUCCUUGUUCACUAAUAUCUCCAUAAACGUUCCAAACGUGUCUAAAUCAUCCAAGAAUCUCCAAAUUCCUAUAAAACUUAUAAAAACACAUCGAACACACUAGAGAAGAGAUUGUUAGCGAGAAACGGCUCUAAAGAGCCUAAAACCAUGCAAGAAUGUGAUGUAAAAUCGGGAUAAAUCUAUGUAUAAAACGUGUACAUCAUCGUUACCAUUCACUAAAGAGUCACUCAGUGGAGAUUGUGGAGAAUUCUUUUAUGUAUGAUAGUAAAGUGAUAGUACUCCGUAGUGAAGGUUACUUGAUGUGCUUGUCUGAAAUACGAAUUGAAAUAGAGUGAUAUGCUUAUCAUUCUUUUAAUUUAACUUUUUUUUUUUUUUCAUUUUAGUUUUUGUGACUUAGAUAAAAUAACUCUCUGAAUUCGAACCCGAAAGAAUGGAUGGUGGAAUUAAGAAUUGGUGGAUGUUUGCCAAAUGGAGUGAUGAAUAUGAUCAGGGAGUAGACGAAUAUGUAAAAAAGGCUUUUGCUACUAAGUCUCAAGGAAAUCAAAUAUGUUGUCCUUGUUCACUUUGUCAUUAUCGUUUUUGGCGUAAUGAAGGUGUUGUGAGAGAUCACAAAAUUUGUAAUGGUUUUGUUCCAAGAACGGAUAACUUAUUAAAUUUAGGGAUCAAUAUCCAAAGAGAAGAAACUAUUUUGGAUAGGGAUGAAGGGUCAAACCCAAAUGAGUUUGACGAUGACAUAGUAGGGUUGUUGCAUGAUGCACGUGAUGCUUUUAGAGAGGGUCCAAAUGAUGAGGCAAAAAAGUUUUUGAGAUUAGUUGAAGAAGGCCAGGAAGAAUUGUAUCCUGGUUCCAAAAAUCAUUCAAAACUUUCCUUUAUGAUUCGCCUUUUUAUUUUGAAGUUUGAUCAUAAGCUAACCAAUGCUGCAUUUGGAGAUAUAUUGGAGCUUAUAAGGGAGGUGUUGCCUGGUGCAAAGUUGCCUACUUCUUUUAAUGAAGCAAAAAGUGUUUUGAAAGUGUUGGGGUUGGAUUAUACAAAGAUCGAUGCAUGUCCAAAUGAUUGCAUGAUAUAUUGGCGUCAUUAUCCUGAAAAAACCAACAAUAAUUGAGGAAGUUAAGGAGGUUUUAGAGAGGGAGGAAUUGGAAUGUUUGAGAGAGAAAGAUGAAAUGAUUCAGGUCCUAAACAAAGAGAAAGAGGAUUUAGUUAUAGAGUAGAAGAAUUUAACAGUUAAGAUGGAAAAAGCCGAAAAUUGGUUAUCAAAACUUGAGGGAGAUAACCCAAAAUGAUGUGUUUGGAUUUGAUUUGGAAAGAGAUGCUAUAUUUACAAGUACCCGGCGAGGGAGAAUUUUAUCAGUAAGGUCUCACUUGCAAUGCUCUUAUCUGACCUUACUACCUGUAAUUUUGAUCAAUUAGGAUGGUUAAAUUAUUUGAAAGAUUCAUCACUUGCAGAGAUUUCAGUCACAGCCAAAUCAUGUCCAGGCAGCUUAAUCCCAUCUAGAUGGAAGUCGGUGUCAUCAUUCUCUGUUACAACGAGAAUCAGACCUGUAACUUCUCACCUGAGUAUCUUGAUGUAAGGAAAAGUUUAGGUGAGUGUCAUAAGAACUUUUAGUGGAACACCAAUCUAGACAACAGAAGCCACAGUCACACAUAUCAUCAUUGUUCCUCCAUGGCAUUUUUUGGAUUCCUAUUUUGAAUUCUUUUACUAAAUGUUUCUAAAGUGUAAUCGGGUGAUUACAGGUAGAAGAGAGGUGAUCUUGUAAGUGCUUUAGGUCUCUAAAGGAAGAAAUAAAAAAAUAAGUUUAAAAACCUACGGGUUGAACAACCCUAGGCAGAGACGUAGGCAUUUUUUUACCGAACUUCGUAAUAAUAUCCGUCUCUUUUACUGCUUUUUUGCUUUAUUUCUACUGCUUUUACUUCAGUUUUAUUUACGCACUUGUUUUUCAGCCCUGAAGUAAAUCUCAAAGCCUUGACACUGAAUAGUUAAAUCAGUUUAUUACGCCUUUGAAAAACCCUAGGCAGAGACGUAGGCAUUUUUUGCCGAACUUCGUAAUAAUAUUUGUCUCUUUUACUGUUUUUUUGCUUUAUUUUACUGCUUUUACUUCAAUUUUAUUUACGCAACUUGUUUUUAAGCCUUGAAGUAAAUCUCAAAGCCUUGUCACUGAAUAGUUAAAUCAGGUACGCAUUGAAACUGCGUUCGGCAAGACCUUGAAAUUUAAAACUUGCGACAAUUGGCCAUACACUAGUAGAAAAAAAGAAAUAGGCAACCCCCCUAUGGCAACGGUUUAUGAAAACCGUUGCCAACUUAAAUGAGCGCCAUUUUAAAUUUCAGAGUUGGCAACGGUUAACCGUUGCCAAUUUAAAAAAAUAAAAUAAAAUAAAAUGUUAAGUGUUGGCAACGGUUAACCGUUGCCAAUUUAAAAAAAAAAACCCGGGUAUACUGCUUCAUUCAAUUCCAACGUCUCUUCAUUCAAUUCGUUCCCUCUUCUCUUCUCUGUUUCGUCCCUCUUCUCUUCGUCCCUCUUCAUUGCUUCCCUCUUCUUGCUAUUCCAUUGGAGCACCCGACGCAGCCGCCGCCAUACGCACCACCUAGUAUCUUCAAUUCCAUACGCAAUUGCCUCCCUUCCAUUGAAGCAUCUUCGAGGGUUUCUCAACUACAAGCGCACGUACGGCCCCCCUCCACAACGACCCUCCAUCCACAUAUAUACUUGGGUAUAGGAAAUGUAAGUUCUUAUUUCAAGUAAUUUGAAUUUCGUUCUUCAAAGCUUGCCUAAAUUUGCUUGACCAGUGAUUAUUAAUACUCAGAAGUGCAUGAUUGAUAGAAAAUGCUGGGCAGACAAUACUCGAA